AUGUUCUGGUCCCCGAAGUUCGACCCCUCCAAGGACCUGAACGACCUGUCCGGUAAAGUAGUAAUUGUCACCGGAGCCAACACUGGAAUAGGGUACUCCACGGUCAAGCACCUCGCGAGAAAAGGCGCAAAGGUGUACCUCGGCGCGCGUUCUAGCGAGAAGGGGAAUGCAGCGGUCGCUAAGCUCAAAGAAGAGGGCAUUGGGUCUGGUGAAGUAAUUUGGUUGGAGGUGGAUCUGAGUUCGCCUGCAGUAUCGAAGAAGUCCGCGGAGGGGUUCUUGAAGCUUGGGGAAAGGCUUGAUAUUUUGGUGAAUAAUGCAGGGUGUACCUACGACAAGACGGACGAACCAGCCCAGGAUGACAUCACUGUUAUGAUGAUGACGAACCAUGUCGGUACCUUCCAAUUCACUACAAUGCUACUGCCCUGCCUGGAGAAAGCCGCUGCAGAGCCUGGAUCUGACGUUCGAAUUGUCAUCUUGACGUCGGAUGGUCAUACCAGAGGAUGCGCUGCCAAUCCCGAUAUUAGUUUCAAUGACUUGACCGAAUUCAAGAACCAAUACAAGGAAGAGAGAAUCCCUUACUUCUCCCGAUAUUUCAUAUCAAAGUUGGCAAACGUCCUGUUCACAAAAUCCCUUCAACGCAGACUGGAGAACACAAGCAUCAUGUGCAUUGCCAUCAAUCCUGGUCUCGUAAACACCUCUCUCGCUGAUAGAUUCGCCUUCCCGUGGCUCGCACGCUUCCUCUUGUCUUUCAUUGCGGACACUCCGGACAAGGGAGCAUAUACGUCGUGUUUCGCGGCUGCGUCACCCAAGGUCAGGGUCGAACCUGAGCUCUAUAAAGGGGCGUACCUGGAGCCGGAGACCCCGGGCCGGGCCUCGAUCUCCGUCGCUGACAUAAUCGCCCCUAACGACUGCUCUCGUGUCCAAAUUUUCCACUUGGACUCUCCCUUCUUCUUUUCUGCCCCUCUUUUUCUUUCUACGAUGCUGGUGACGCGGGUGUGGGCGCCUGCGUGCUCACAGCGCCCUUUUUUUGUCUCCCACUGGUUGAAGCCAUCUUCAUGCGCUCGGCGGACAGCUGCCACGGCGGCCGCGCUCAAACCCGCCCCGGAACCCGUUCACGACGAUAUCCCUGCGCCGUUUAUGCACCCUCUCUCGGAUAAGGACGUCCAGCGCCUGACAUUCCAGCGGAACAUUGGUGUCUCCGCGCACAUUGACUCUGGGAAGACGACGCUGACGGAACGAAUACUGUAUUAUACCGGGCGUAUUCGGGAGAUUCAUGAGGUCCGUGGGCGCGAUUCGGUUGGUGCGAAGAUGGACAGCAUGGACCUGGAGAGGGAAAAGGGUAUCACCAUCCAGAGUGCUGCGACCUUCUGCGAUUGGGAGGCGACGGACCUUGGGAAGGGCAGAAAGCAGAAAUAUGCCGUCAACAUUAUCGACACGCCAGGACAUGUAGACUUUACAAUCGAGGUGGAACGGGCCCUUCGGGUGCUAGAUGGUGCUAUUCUGGUUCUUUGUGCUGUUGCCGGAGUGCAGAGUCAAACUACAACGGUCGACAGGCAAAUGCGGCGGUAUAACGUACCUAGGAUCUCUUUCGUGAAUAAGAUGGACAGGCCUGGCGCAAAUCCCUGGAGGAUUGUCAACCAAAUUCGGUCUAAACUUCGGAUGACGGCUGCUGCUGUCCAAGUGCCCAUUGGUGUCGAGGACGAAUUUAAAGGCGUGGUCGAUUUGGUCCAUUGGAAGGCUAUAUACAACGAGGGUGUCAAGGGCAACGAAGUUGUGGUAUCCGACGAAAUCCCGGAAUCGGUCAAGGAACUCGCACAGGCCAAACGGAUAGAGCUCAUCGAACAACUGGCUGAAGCGGACGAGGAAAUUGGCGAGAAAGUGCUGAUGGACGAGAUGCCCACCAACAACGAAAUCGCCGACGCCAUCCGCCGCGCGACCAUCAGCCUCAAAUUCUCCCCUGUUUUCAUGGGCUCCGCGAUCAAGAACACUGGCGUCCAACCUCUCCUCGACGGUGUCUGCAACUAUCUGCCCACACCCGCUGAGAAGGAAGUCUUCGCUCAUGACACGACCUUACCUGCAUCUGCACCUCAAGUACCUUUAUCACCUGCCGCAGAUGCGCCUUUCGUCGGCCUGGCGUUCAAGUUGGAGGAAAGCCGUUUCGGACAGCUCACGUAUAUGCGCGUGUACCAGGGCACCUUGAAGAAGGCCAUGCAAAUUUUCAAUGCCAGGACUGGGAAGAAGGUUAAGGUUCCUCGGUUGGUCCGCAUGCACAGUAACGAGAUGGAGGACGUCGAGUCGAUUGGACCGGGUGAAAUUUGCGCGAUGUUCGGUGUCGAGUGCUCGUCUGGGGAUACUUUCACUGAUGGAUCGACCUCAUUUUCGAUGACAUCCAUGUUCGUCCCUGAUCCCGUUAUCUCGCUCUCGAUUAAACCCAAGGGCCUCGAAACACCCAACUUCUCUCGUGCUCUUAACCGAUUCCAGAAGGAGGAUCCUACAUUUAAGGUCCAUGUCGACCACGUCAGUAAGGAGACCAUCAUCUCUGGUAUGGGCGAACUCCACCUCGAGAUCUACGUCGAGCGCAUGCGCCGCGAGUACAACACCGACUGCAUCACUGGCAAGCCCCAGGUUGCCUUCCGCGAGACCAUCACCCAGCGCGCAGAGUUCACCUACACACACAAGAAGCAGACCGGUGGUGCCGGGCAGUACGCCAAGGUCAUCGGACACAUCGAGCCCAUGGAGAUGGACCCUGAGACGGGCAAGGACGUCGGAUUCGAGUCAGUCGUCAUGGGUGGCAAUAUCCCGACCAACUUCAUCCCUGCGGUCGAGAAAGGGUUCUACGAGGCGUUGGAGAAGGGGUCGCUCUCUGGAAACCCGAUCACUGGUUGCAGGCUGGUGUUGAAGGAUGGCGCCUUCCACGCUGUCGACUCGUCCGAGUUGGCGUUCAGGCUCGCUACGAUUGGAGCUUUCCGCGAGGUUUAUCGCAAUGCAAAGCCUGUUAUCCUUGAGCCUAUCAUGAACGUCGAAGUCGUCGCUCCGGGCGAGUUCCAAAGUCAAGUCAUUGGAGGUUUGAACACUCGUCGAGGCACGAUCAUCGAUAGCGAGGUCCGAGACGACGAAUUUACGGCUGUUGCGGACGUUGCUUUGAACGAUAUGUUCGGCUAUUCCAACCAGCUUCGUGGCUCAACACAAGGAAAGGGAGAAUUUAGCAUGGAGUACAAGUACCACCAACCUGUGCUUCCUAACGUCCAGAAGGAACUUGAGGAAGAAUACCGCAAGACCCUUCCUGCUGCUAAAAAGUAG